AUGGGGAGCUGCUGCAGUUGUCUGUGCAGAGACAGCAUUCCAGACAACCAUCCCACCAAAUUUAAGGUAACGAACGUGGACGAUGAAGGUAACGAGCUGGGAUCUGGGAUUAUGGAGCUGACACAGACGGAGCUCAUCUUGCACACUCACAAGCGAGAUGCUGUCAGGUGGCCCUACCUCUGCUUGCGCCGCUAUGGCUAUGACUCCAACCUCUUCUCCUUCGAGAGCGGUCGUCGCUGCCAGACGGGGCAGGGGAUUUUUGCCUUCAAGUGUUCCAGAGCAGAGGAGAUCUUUAACCUGCUUCAGGACCUGAUGCAGUGUAACAGUAUCAACGUAGUGGAAGAGCCUGUUGUCAUCACCAGGAACAGUCACCCCGCGGAGCGGGAGCUCUCCCGGACCUCCCAGGCACCCAACAGCCUGGGGUACACUGUCCCAGGAUUUCCCAAUGGAUUUCACAGCUUCCCUGGAGAAACCCUAUCAUACUCGGCAGCCCGCCACCCCUCCGUGAGCAGCCUGAGGCAUUCCUCUGUGGGUGAAGACUCUACUCAUGCUCUUAUUGGGCCUGAUGAGCAGUCCCACACCUACGUCAACACGGCCAAUGGUGAUCAGGAGCUGAGAGGCCGACAUUGUAUGCACUCCUUGCCUGAAGUCCACCCUCCUUUCCCCCAUAGGAACCACAGCUGCUCCCUCGAAGACCGCAAUCCCCAGGUCUUUCUGCAGCCAGGGGAGGUUAAGUUCGUGUUAGGUCCCACAUCCAACUGCAGACGCGUCUGUCGGCACCACCGGGAGUGCAGGACGCACUUCUGCCCCCCCAACAACAACAACGAGUGCGAGGAGGAGUGCCCUUCACCCCACUGCGUCUACGAGAACGUCAACGGCUUGCUGCCCCCCAGCACCUCCUCUCUCUGUCGAGGCGGGCGCUUGAAACUCACCCGGGAGGACGCGGGCUUACCCGGCUGCUCCCAUCGCAGAACGGCGUUGCUGCACUAUGAGAACUUGCCGUCGCUGCCCCCGGUGUGGGAGUGCCAGCCGCUCCGGCAGGGCGAGGAGGACGCGGGCGCCGGGGAUGUGCUGACGCCUUCCCCCAACGGCUACUCUGAGGCUGGUGAAGAAGAUCCCCUGCAGAACUACAUGAACUCGGAGAACACUGCGCUGCACGGGGGCAGCGGCCAGCGGCGCAGCAGCUUCCUGCCAAAGCCUCGUCGCGGCUGCAUGCCCAGCGUCUUCAGCUUCGACUUCCCCCGGCCCUGUCCAGAGCAGCCGCGGCAACUCAACUACAUCCAGGUAGAGCUGGAGGCUGAGCCGUGCAAGGGACAUCAGAACCCACCGGUCCCCUGUGUCCCACCUCCUGCCACCCACGAAGCCCGCCGGACGGACUCCUACGCGGUCAUUGACCUAAAAAAGACAGCGGCCAUGUCCAGUUUGCAAAGGGCCCUGCCGAGAGAUGAUGGGACUUCGCGGAAAACUCGACAUAACAGCACUGACCUGCCUCUGUAA